UAUAUGUAUUGUAUUUGAUUAAUUAUUUUUGCUCAGAAGUGAUCAUUUUAGAGAUUAACUUCAAAGAUGGCGACUUCCUUGGCCGAAAAAUAAAAGAAAAUAUUUUUCUUUAUUUAUCGUCCAUCUGGUCACAAGUCCUGGCAGUAUAUGAAGGGGAACAUGACUGUUGAUUUGUCACCAUGAUGGACGGUUACGCACCAUCGAGGAAGAGGCACAUAUGUGUCAUACUGACACGGAGUCGUAUGGCACAGCUUAUUCUAUGUCUUCUGUUGGUGUUGAUUGUGACGCCAUUGGUUGCGCACUAUUACAUCUCCAACAUGAGUGGAGAAGGCUUCCAAAGUCACCUGUCAAGGUUGCCAUCAGCUCAUAAUGAUGAUGAUAACCUCAACGACUUUCAGUGCAAUGAUCUGAAGAGCCAGGUAACAGAGCUCCGUCGUAUUCGCGCAUCUGUUAACAAUGAGCUUCGAGAUUUAGAGAGCAGACGUCAGGGACUUCAGGUCGAGAUAACAAAGCAUAAAACGCAGCUUGAGUCUCUCAGAAUGCAGCAAGAAAAUAUGGCCAAAGAAAUCCAGCAGUCAAAAUUGAACUUGGACCAGCUUAAAUUGGAGGAGCAUGAAUUUGCUAACCGAUUUCAGCCACUACUUAAAGCCCCGGAACAGAUUCUGUUGGAUGAUGGAAAUAAAAACGCUGCUAAGCAACCACCAUCAUCCCCACAGAGUUGUAAAAUGCAUUCAUGUUUUGAUUAUUCAAGGUGUUCACUCUUCUCAGGCUUCCCUGUGUAUGUCUAUGGAUUUGAAAACCAUUUCAAAGAUGAAAAUCUGAAUGAAUUUGUGAAAUCAGCCGUUUACCAUUCCUUCGAUAAAAAUCCAUAUGUUGUAAAUAUGCCAGCAAAUGCUUGUAUAUUUGUUGUUGUUUUAGGUGAAACAUUUUCAGAACUUAGUGCAGACAGUUUACAAAAUAAACUACAAAGCUUAUCUCACUGGAAUGGAGAUGGACGUAAUCAUGUAUUGCUGAAUCUAGCAAGAACUUCUGCAAAUUUUGAUUUAUUUCAUAGUGUUAAUACUGGCAGAGCCAUAAUUGUGCAAUCUUCCUUUGUUGAGUCUAUUUAUAGAUGUAAUUUUGAUAUUAUUUUGCCACCCAGUUUGGGUAACUCUGACGGACCUGUAUGGUCUGAAUUACCUCCCUUGAAUCCUGUAAGGAGACAGUUUGUUCUGUCAUUUGUCGGACAGUUUAGUUUUAUGUCUAAUAGUGACACAACUGACUGGUCAAAUAAAGCUAAAACUGAUUUGAAUAAUGAUCAAAACUUCAAAUCAAAAACUUUAAAAGCUGAAUUAGAAACACAAAAUGCAAAUAAUCCAAAGAAUUUAGCCAAUAAAUUGCUGGAUGUGGAGUCUAUUAUUGUCGGUAAUUUAAAAAAGAUAGAAAGUGAAUCAAAAGACAAUGUUUAUUUAAAUUUUAUGUGUGAUAGAGGUGAAAAGACAGGAAUUAUUGGUGAAUGGGCAUUAUGUGGAACUGAAGCACAAAGGGCAGAUUAUCUUCAGAAGUCAACUUUUAAUGUAAUUAUCUCCCCUGCAAACUUUAGUCUAUCUUCUACAACAGUGUUUCAGACAAGAUUGUAUGAAUCUCUUAAAUACGGAACUAUACCAGUGAUACUAGGUGAUUAUACGCACUUGCCGUAUGAAGAACUUCUCGACUGGACAAAAGUUGCAAUAAUCUUGCCCAAGUCGAGGAUUUCAGAAAUGUACUUCUUGUUAAGCACGUUAACAGAUGCAGAUGUGAUGGAUCUUAAGUGGAAUGGUAGAAUGUUUUGGGAGACGUAUUUUGGGACAACUGCAUCAAUUAUUUCCACGAUGUUAGCAGUGCUACGUACACGAUUACAAAUCCCAGCUAAACCGGUGAAAGAAGAGCCAUCCCAGAGCUCUGUUACAAACUUCAUUCCAGUUGCUCAGCAUAUAGGUGUAGAUGCGGAGGAUGAGACUGAUGAGGUUCUUGGACCAGUGGAACCACCAUUCCCGUCACUGACCUACAAACAGAACUUUACCGCAUCAACUCUAAGGCAUGUGUUUAACAAACCAGGAGAUCCGUUCCAUCUUUUUCCAUUCACACCAUUUGAGAAGAUCCUACCUUCUGAUGCCAAGUUUAGAGGAUCAGGUUAUGGAUUCCGACCAAUUAAUCGUGGAGAAGGCGGGUCAGGCAAUGAAUUCUCCGAGGCCAUUGGUGGAAAUCAUCCGAGGGAACAGUUCACAAUGGUGAUGUUGACAUAUGAAAGAUCAGAUGUAUUGAUUAAAGCCAUUACACGACUCAAAGGUUUACCGUACCUUAAUAAAGUGAUUGUUGUGUGGAAUAACCCAGCAGUUCCCUCGGAGAACCUCGGCUGGCCAGAUAUAGGUGUUCCAGUUGUUGUAGUAAAGAUGAGUAAGAACAGUUUAAACAACAGAUUUCUGCCAUUUGAGGCCAUCGAGACGGAGGCUGUGUUGAGUAUAGAUGAUGAUUCACAUUUACGACAUGAUGAAAUUGUGUUUGGAUUCAGGGUAUGGAGAGAGGAGAGAGACAGAAUUGUAGGGUUUCCAGGGAGAUACCACGCCUGGGACGUGAAGCACGAUGCAUGGCUGUAUAACUCAAACUACACUUGUGAAAUGUCAAUGGUUCUUACUGGAGCAGCAUUCUUUCAUAAGUAUUAUGCCUACCUCUAUAGUUACACAAUGCCUCAAGCAGUUAGAGAUAAAGUGGAUGAGUAUAUGAACUGUGAAGACAUUGCCAUGAAUUUUCUUGUAUCCCAUAUUACCAGGAAACCUCCAGUGAAGGUGACCUCUAGAUGGACAUUCCGCUGCCCUGGUUGCCCCCAGCAACUAGCCCUUGAUGAAUCCCACUUUGAGGAAAGACAUAAAUGUAUCAACUUCCUUGUUGAAGUGUAUGGUUAUAUGCCCCUGUUGUACACACAGUACAGAGUCGAUUCUAUUCUGUUCAAGACCAGGAUCUCACAUGAUAAGCAGAAAUGUUUCAAAUUUAUAUAAUAUUAAGUAUUAACCCUUACCUUGCUAAAUUUCUAUAAUGAACUUGUCCAUCUUCCAAUUUGGACAGUACCAUUAACUGUUAAAAGGGGUGAUUACCAAAAAGAUAGUGUAGAUCAUGAUCAGACUGCACGGAUGUGCAGACUGAUCAUGAUAUACACUGGUCGCAAAGGCAGAAUCAAUUGUGUCCAGCAUGGUAAGGGUUAAUGGUAAAAUGAAAUAAUCUGGAAUGUCUUUAAGUUAAUGGACUUCUUUCAAGUUCGGUAAUAUCAGAAUUAACUAAAUGAUUGCUUUAUGCUGUAUCACCAGUGCUACUAUAAUUUUUGUUCCGAGAUCAGUUGUUAGUUCAAUACUGUGAAAUCAUUUCAUUUUGUGUCCAGAAAAUUUCAGUUUUCAAUUUUGUGGACACAAAGUUUCUUUGUUAUGAUCAACUGAUCAAAACAGCUGCUUCCUAUCUAUAUAUUAGUUCAUAGAUUUUUAAUUUCUAAAUAAAAAAUGAAAUGGAGUUUUACUUGUGAUUAAAUUUCAUGGAUUGACUGAACUAAAAAUCCGCAAAAAUUAGUCGACAUUGAAUAUGAAUGAUUUCACGGUAGAUUGUUACUAAAAUGAAAUCUGAGUUUCCAUAGUAAUUGAUAUAAGAAAUGAUUUUUUUUUAUAAUGUGUAACUAUGUAAUUGUUUUUUUUUGACAAACGACACAAAUCUUUUGAAGUACAGUAAGAAUUCCUGAUAUUUUUUCUUUAUACACUUAUGAUGUUCACAAAACAUUUUAGUUCCCAAGUUGUAUUUGCAGUAUAGGCAGAUUUUUUAUUAAUUAGUUCUUUGGUAACAAUUUACAAAUAUUUGCCACUACAUAUAGAUAUCACAUGCUUAUCUUGCCACCUACAAAAAUUUGUCAUAUAUGAGUUAUUGCGAUUUUCAUUACUUGUAUGCAAACAUUAUUCCUUAUACAUAAUGAUAGUCAUCUGCUAAAAAUUGUCAAAUAAUUUCAUCUGCUAAAAAUUUCAAAUAAUUUUAAUCGAAUUGUUCUCUUCAGGUAAAUGUUCCUGUUUAAACCUUCAUAUAUUGGUUUAACAAGUACAUUUCUAACAAGUCCCAUAGAAAUGUUUGAAUAACAUGAAAUGUUGAGAAUUUUAACACAUUAGACACAUACUGAAAUAAAGAUUGUAUUCCUGCGUGUAUGUUAACAUGUAUAACUCUGAGCCUUUCUUUUUUAAAACCUUCUUCUCCAUACCUCAUCAAACUGUUAAUACAACCAGUAUGCAAGUACAUAGACUCUUCAUCUGUCAAAUAGAGACACAACAGACCUUAUUUUUUUGUAAGAUGCUUAUAAUUUCAGUAUAUUAUGCAAAUUUUCUGAACACUUUAUUGAUCAUAUUUACCAAAAUCAUGAGAAAGCCCAGGGCUGAGUAUACAAAUUAGAUGUAUGGAAGUUCUAUUCUAUUCUACCCUAUUUUUAUAUGGCCACAGUGUAUAAUGACCUAGAGACUUCAUAGUUUGAUUUCUGUGUGCUAGUUGUUAUGUCUUGUUAGUAGCUUAAAAGUGUCCCUAAAAACCAGCAUUUUAGUCUUCAUUUUUUGCAUACCGGUAUAUUUCAGUCAACUUUUCAAGUCAUAAUGCAGUAAAAUCAUGUAUAAAUAAUAUAUAUACUAUUGUUUAUAAAAUGUGUAUAGUAUAUAGAAUGAUAUAAUUGUUUUUACAAUCGUUUUGAAAAUAUUUCCUGAUGGUUAUAGAUAUUAUUGUGUAUUGUUAACCUUUCUUAAACCUAAUGAAUUUUUUACCAGCUAGAAUACAGCUGAAUUGUUUGAAAUAUAACAUUUAACACAUAGUCGAACUUUGUUCUCUUAAACACGACGGGAAUGGCCAAAUUUGUUUGAGUUUUCUGUAGUUCAAGGUGUUUGAAAAAUAUACAUUAUGUAGGGAUUUUGAGUUGGAGUGAAGGGUGAUGUUCUAGUUAGCCAAAUUUGUGUGAACCAAGUUCAACUGUAUUAACUGAUAAUACAUUAGCAUUCCAGCCACCCGUAUUUCUGGUCGAAAAUGCUGGAAAGGGCAUUGGCUUACUUAAACUGUGCAAGAUGUUAUGCCAGCGUUUUUAAAUUCAUUUUUAAUCAUGUGGCAAAAAAGCAGGUACCGUUUACUGCUUUUUCGGCCUGAAAAAUUGUCCAUUGUUGAAUUACGUACAGUGAUUUUUAGCUCACCUGUCACAAAGUGACAAGGUGAGCUUUUGUGAUCGCGCGGUGUCCGUCGUCCGUCGUCCGUCCGUGCGUCAGUGCGUCCGUGCGUCCGUGCGUGCGUCCGUAAACUUUUGCUUGUGACCACUCUAGAGGUCACAUUUUUCAUGGGAUCUUUAUGAAAGUUGGUCAGAAUGUUUAUCUUGAUGAUAUCUAGGUCAAGUUCGAAACUGGGUCACGUGCCUUCAAAAACUAGGUCAGUAGGUCUAAAAAUAGAAAAACCUUGUGACCUCUCUAGAGGCCAUAUAUUACACAAGAUAUUCAUGAAAAUUGGUCAGAAUGUUCACCUUGAUGAUAUCUAGGUCAAGUUCGAAACUGGGUCACGUGCCUUCAAAAACUAGGUCAGUAGGUCUAAAAAUAGAAAAACCUUGUGACCUCUCUAGAGGCCAUAUAUUUCAUAAGAUCUUCAUGAAAAUUGGUCAGAACAUUCACCUUGAUGAUAUCUAGGUCAAGUUCGAAACUGGGUCACGUGCCAUCAAAAACUAGGUCAGUAGGUCAAAUAAUAGAAAAACCUUGUGACCUCUCUAAAGGCCAUAUUUUUCAUGGGAUCUGUAUGAAAGUUGGUCUGAAUGUUCGUCUUGAUGAUAUCUAGGUCAAGUUCGAAACUGGGUCACGUGCGGUCAAAAACUAGGUCAGUAGGUUUAAAAAUAGAAAAACCUUGUGACCUCUCUAGAGGCCAUAUAUUUCAUGAGAUCUUCAUGAAAAUUGGUCAGAAUGUUCACCUUGAUGAUAUCUAGGUCAAGUACGAAAGUGGGUCACGUGCCAUCAAAAACUAGGUCAGUAGGUCAAAUAAUAGAAAAACCUUGUGACCUCUCUAGAGGCCAUAUUUUUUAUGGGAUCUGUAUGAAAAUUGGUCUGAAUGUUCAUCUUGAUGAAAUCUAGGUCAAGUUCGAAACUGGGUCACGUGCCUUCAAAAACUAGGUCAGUAGGUCAAAUAAUAGAAAAACCUUGCUAACUCUCUAAAGGCCAUAUUUUUCAUGGGAUCUGUAUGAAAAUUGGUCUGAAUGUUCAUCUUGAUGAUAUCUAGGUCAAGUUCGAAACAGGGUCAUGUGCGGUCAAAAACUAGGUCAGUAGGUCUAAAAUAGAAAAACCUUGUGACCUCUCUAGAGGCCAUACUUGUGAAUGGAUCUCCAUAAAAAUUGGUCAGAAUGUUCACCUUGAUGAUAUCUAGGUCAAAUUUGAAACUGGGUCACGUGCCUUAAAAAAACUAGGUCAGUAGGUCAAGUAAUAAAAAAACCUUGUGACCUCUCUAGAGGCCAUACUUUUCAUGGGAUCUGUAUGAAAGUUGGUCUAAAUGUUCAUCUUGAUGAUAUCUAGGUCAUGUUUGAAACUGGGUCAACUGCGGUCAAAAACUAGGUCAGUAGGUCUAAAAUUAUUAAAAUCUUUUGACUUCUCUAGAGGCCAUAUUUUUCAAUGGAUCUUCAUGAAAAUUGAUCUGAAUUUUCACCUUGAUGAUAUCUAGGUCAGUUUCGAAACUGGGUCACGUGCGGUCAAAAUCUAGGCCAGUAGGUAUAAAAAUUGAAAAACCUUGUGACCUCUCUAGAGGCCAUAUUUUUCAUGAGAUCUUCAUGAAAAUUAGUGAGAAUGUUCACCUUGAUGAUAUCUAGGUAAAGUUCAAAACAGGGUCACAUACCUUCGAAAACUAGGUCAAUAGGUCAAAUAAUAGAAAAACCUUGUGACCUCUCUAGAGACCAUAUUUUUCAAUGGAUCUUCAUGAAAAUUGGUCAGAAUUUUUAUCUUGAUAAUAUCUAGGUCAAGUUCAAAACUGGGUCAUAUGAGCUCAAAAACUAGGUCACUAUGUCAAAUAAUAGAAAAAACGACGUCAUACUCAAAACUGGGUCAUGUGGGAAGAGGUGAGCGAUUCAGGACCAUCAUGGUCCUCUUGUUUUUAUAAUUUUUUAAUCUAAACUUGAAGAAUGAAAUGAAAUUUUACACUUAGAUGAAGUCUUUGUAAUUUGGCGUGUACUUGUUUAUAUAAAAUAACUGUAAUACUGUUUUGUUUGUAAUGAUGAAAUGAAAUUAUUUGUACAGUUUUCUGUUUUUGUGAUUAAGUCAAUAUGUUUGUGUUCUGAGAGAUCUGUAAAUGAAAUUUUUGACGUUUUGUUUUGAAAAUUAACAUUUUUAAAACAUUCUUGAAAGUAUUGAAAUAUAUAAAGAAUUUCUUCUUUCAUUUUUAAUGUCAGAAUGAAAUUCAUAUAAUGUUUGAUUUGUGUAUUUUUAAGCUUUUCCAUGUAUGAUACAUGUAGUAACAUUUUAAGGGAUAAAAUAUUUAUCCUUAUACGAUACUUACAAUAUUGAUAUCAGUAUGUGUUUUGCUUUUUGAUUUAUCUCCAACUUGAAGAUUUUUUUCCAUAGUACAGAUAAGUAAGAUCAAAAAAGAAAAGUAGAAUGUGAUAUUUUAUAGCAAUUUUUAGGUGAUUCCUUACCUGGCAUGGGUGGGUCAGGAUAAUGGAUGCUCAACAUCAUGGAAGUAAGAAACUAUGUAUCUAUUUAAGCUAAGCAUUGCAGUAAAAUGUUAGAAAUUUCGUUUCUAAAAUGAAUUGAAGGAUUUUAUGUUUUCAUCCACAAUUUUACCUGUGUAUCAACUUAAACAGUGGUAUCUUAAAACAAAAUGAACACACAGGCCUAUACAUUUCACUUGACCAUAUCAUGGAAUACAUUGUAUAUUUAUACUAAAUAUACAGACAAUUUGUUUAAAUUUUCAUUUCAGAAGGCUUUAAAAAAAAACAAGUGUCACUGGUAAUCAGAGUUUACAGGAUAUAGAAAAAAAAGAUCCUAAAACGCAGAAGUACUUUAAAGUUUGAUAAGAAUUUAUGUCAGUCAAAAGCUAUACAUAGCUUAUGUUUAUAAUGUUAUUUUAUCUACUGACAAUAAAUAAAUAUUGACUUGACUUGACUUUAUAUAAAACAGAUGUGUCCAUUUUUAAUAUGUACAUGUAUUUUGUUGAAGUGUUUUCAUUUAAUUCUAGUCUGUAUAGAGAUAUAUGUCAAGGGUAAUGAAUAAGUUUUGAGACUGUAUGUGAAUAUAUACUUAUUGUCAUUUAAACUUUGCCUGCAUCAUUUUCAGUUUUUGAAAAGAAAAAAGACAACACUUACUUUUAGCAUUAGGAAAAUACCUAAUUUUCCAGUAAACUAAUUUAAUAAUUCUAAAAUUGAGAAUUGGUUCAAUGAAACGGGUGAUUUGGUUUGAGUUUUGCCAGAUUAAGGUAACAUUUUAUUCUGUUAGGAUUUUGCCCAUAUACCAUUCGUUUGUUGAAUGAUGUGUUACAGUGAUAGAUGUCAAUCUAUGUUUGAGCCACACCAUGAGAAUACUAACAUAGUACAUUUGUGACUAGCAUGGAUCCAGCCAGCCUGCGCAUCCUGGCAGGCUGGUCACAAAGCCACUAUGUUGAUUUUCUCCUGGUGUGGCUCAUUUUGUUAUUGGUAUAUAAUAAUUAUAUAUUAAUGUGUAUUAUUUUCAAAAGGUGCUUUUUGUGAUGUAGCAUUUUUAUUUCUGAUGAUAUGGCAAACAUGUUCAUUUAUUUUUACAAUAUUUUAUAUUGUAUUCAGUUUAAUUUAUUAAAUCUCUUAAAUAUUUGAUAUACACCUUGUAAUAGAAUAACCAGCUUACUGUAUGAUCCACCAAAUUUGUAACAAGAGUUUUGGGUGAAUUUUGUCUUAACUUUAAAAAAAAAAAAGAUCAAGAUGUAACUUUUAAAUUGUUUUAAAAACUUUCAGGGGUAGUAAAAAGUGGUCUACUAUUAGCUCGACUAUUCGAAGAAUAAGUAGAGCUAUCCUUCUCACCACAGCGUUGGCGUCACACCUUGGUUAAGUUUUUCGUACCAGUCCACAUUUUGACAAAGUCUUUUGAGAUAAAGCUUUGAAACUUUCAACACUUGUUUAAUCACCAUGUCCAGUUAUAGGCAAGAGCACCUAACUCCAUCGAGGAUUUUGGCAGAAUUACCAGUACCAGUUCAUAUUUUGUGUAAAGUGUUUGACAUAUGGCUUUGAAACUUCUAUCACUUGUUCAGUAUAAUAGUCUCUGUCUGUAGGCAAGAGUAUGUAACUCUAUCAUCUAUUUUGGCUGAAAUAUGGCCCUUUUUGGACUUGGAAAUUGGUUCUGUUUUCGUAUAAGUCCAUUUUUUGUCAAAACUAUUUGACAUAUGGCUCUUAAACUUUGAACACUUGUUUAUCAUCAUGAUUUCCAUCUGUAGGCAAGAGUACAUAACUCUGACAACUAUUUUGGCUGAAUUAUGGCCCUUUUUGGACUUGGAAAUCAGUUAAAUUUUUCAUACAAGUCCAUAUUUUGCCUAACCAGUUUGUCAUAUGGCUUUGAAACUUUGACCACUUGUUUUCCAUCACAGUCUACAUUAUAUAGGCAAGACUUCAUAACUAGGCCAAGGACUUUAACUCAGUUUAGCCCUUUUUUGACAAAGAAAUAGGUUUCUCAUACCAUUCCAUAUUUUGUUUAAACUGUUUGACUUUGAAACUUUGAACACUUCAUUACUGUCAUGGUCACACAUUGCCAUUUAGUACAAGACUUAUCGAAAUCCACAAAUACAGGAACAUUGUUUGUCUAAACUUUUUUUUUAGCGAUGAGCUUUUGUGAUCGCUCAAUGUCCGUUGUGCGUCGGCCGUCGUGUGUCCGUCAACGUUUUCUAAAAAAAUCAUCUUCUUGAAAACCACUGGGCAGAAUUACACCAAACUUCACAGGAAUGAUCCUUGGGUGGUCCCCUUUCAAAUUUGUUCAAAGAAUUAAAUUCCAUGCAAAACUGUGGUUGCCAUGGCAACCAAAAGGAAAAACUUUAAAAAUCUUCUUAUCCAAAACUGCAAGGCUUAGAGCCUUGAUAUUUGGCAUGUGACUUUAUCAUAUGGUCCUCUAUGAAGGUUGUUCAAAUUGUGCCCCUGGGGUGAAAAGAGGUCCCGCCUCGGGGGGCACAAGUUGUACAUAGACUUAUAUAGGAAAAAAACUUUAAAAAUCUUCUUGUCUAAACCCACAAGACCUAGGUCUUUGAUAUUCGGUAUGUAGCAUUGCCUUGUGGUCCUCUACCAAAAUUGUUCAAAUUAUAAUCCUGGGAUGAAAAGAGGCCCUGCCCCGGGGGUCUCACGUUUUAGUCAGACUUAUAUAGGAAAAAAACUUUAAAAAUCUUUUUGUCUGAAAUUGCAAGGCCUAGGCUUUUGAUAUUUGUUAUGUUGCAUUGCCUAUUGGUCCUCUACCAUAAUUGUUUAAAUCAUGUCCCUGGGGUGAAAAGAGGCCCUGUCCUGGGGGUCCCAAGUUUUACAUAGACUUGUAUAGGAAAAAGCUAUAAAAAUCUUCUUGUCUGAAAGUUCAGUGCCUAGGCCUUUGAUAUUUGGUAUGUAGCAUUGCCGAGUGGUCCUCUACCAAAAUUGUUCAAAUUAUGCCCCUGGGGUAAAAAGAGGCCCCGCCUAGGGGGUCACAUUUUAUAUGAGUUAUAUAGGAAUAAAUAAAAAAAAUUCAAAAAUUAUCAGAUCAUAUUUCCUAGACUGUUUACUCAUAAUUACCUGAUGACCCCAAGCAAUUAGGGGUCACUUGACUGUGACCUUGACCUACUGACCUGCUUUCUUGUAUUUUAAGAUGCAGCCUUGAAAUUUGGAUGACUUGUACAGUUUUGCACACUGAUCUUGAAACUGACUUUCAGUGACCAUGAAUGUGACCUACUGACCUACUUUCUAAUAUUUUAACACCAGUUUGCCAUUUUAAACAUGUGGCUCAUACUACUCAGGUGAGCGAUUCAGGGUCAUCAUGACCCUCUUGUUUUCUUUUGUCUGAAAAUCUGUAUUAAUAUUUUGACCCCAUUCUUCAAUCAAUUCUUCAAAUAGUCAAGCGCGCUGUCAUCUGACAGCUCUUGUUUCGAAGGCAGUCUUUAAUGUGGUAUUAGUAGUUUUUGAAGUGUAAAAUUCUUCUAUGUGAAAGUGUUCAGAUAUUUAUCUGCAAAAUUUUACAGUUUACUGUGACAAAAAUUUUGCUCUAAGACUAAGAUAUCCUGAAAGAUUUCCAACAUUUCAUUGACAGAUGAAAUCAAAACUUUCUUGUGUCCAGAAAGAUGGAAAACACUUCUUGAUGAUAAAUUCUGAAGUAAUCAAGAUUUUUAAAUGAUUGAAAAAAAUUCUUGCAACUUAGCCUUGAGUUCUUCAAGAUGAUGUAUAAUACCAGUGUUUUUAGCUCACCUGUCACAAAGUGACAAGGUGAGCUUUUGUGAUCGCGCGGUGUCCGUCGUCCGUCCGUCCGUGCGUGCGUGCAUGCGUCCGUCCGUCCGUAAACUUUUGCUUGUGACCACUCUAGAGGUCACAUUUUUCAUGGGAUCUUUAUGAAAGUUGGUCAGAAUGUUCAUCUUGAUAAUAUCUAGGUCAAGUUCGAAACUGGGUCACGUGCCAUCAAAAACUAGGUCAGUAGGUCUAAAAAUAGAAAAACCUUGUGACCUCUCUAGAGGCCAUAUAUUUCACAAGAUCUUCAUGAAAAUUGGUCAGAAUGUUCAUCUUGAUGAUAUCUAGGUCAAGUUCGAAACUGGGUCACGUGCCUUCAAAAACUAGGUCAGUAGGUCUAAAAAUAGAAAAACCUUGUGAACUUUCUAGAGGCCAUAUAUUUCAUAAGAUCUUCAUGGAAAUUGGUCAGAAUGUUCACCUUGAUGAUAUCUAGGUCAAGUUCGAAACUGGGUCACGUGCCUUCAAAAACUAGGUCAGUAGGUCUAAAAAUAGAAAAACCUUGUGACCUCUCUAGAGGCCAUAUAUUUCAUAAGAUCUUCAUGAAAAUUGGUCAGAACGUUCACCUUGAUGAUAUCUAGGUCAAGUUCGAAACUGGGUCACGUGCCUUCAAAAACUAGGUCAGUAGGUCAGAUAAUAGAAAAACCUUGUGACCUCUCUAAAGGCCAUAUUUUUCAUGGGAUCUGUAUGAAAGUUGGUCUGAAUGUUCAUCUUGAUGAUAUCUAGGUCAGGUUCGAAACUGGGUCAGUAGGUCUAAAAAUAGAAAAACCUUGUGACCUCUCUAGAGGCCAUAUAUUUCAUGAGAUCUUCAUGAAAAUUGGUCAGAAUGUUCACCUUGAUGAUAUCUAGGUCAAGUUCGAAAGUGGGUCAUGUGCCUUCAAAAACUAGGUCAGUAGGUCAAAUAAUAGAAAAACCUUGUGACCUCUCUAGAGGCCAUAUUUUUCAUGGGAUCUGUAUGAAAGUUGGUCUGAAUGUUCAUCUUGAUGAUAUCUAGAUCAAGUUCGAAAGUGGGUCACGUGCCAUCAAAAACUAGGUCAGUAGGUUAAAUAAUAGAAAAAGCUUGUGACCUCUCUAAAGGCCAUAUUUUCAUGGGAUCUGUAUGAAAAUUGGUCUGAAUGUUCACCUUGAUGAUAUCUAGGUCAAGUUCGAAACAGGGUCAUGUGCGGUCAAAAACUAGGUCAGUAGGUCUAAAAAUAGAAAAACAUUGUGACCUCUCUAGAGGCCAUACUUGUGAAUGGAUCUCCAUAAAAAUUGGUCAGAAUGUUCACCUUGAUGAUAUCUAGGUCAGGUUCGAAACUGGGUCACGUGCCUUAAAAAACUAGGUCAGUAGGUCAAAGAAAAAAAAACCUUGUGACCUCUCUAGAGGCCAUACUUUUCAUGGGAUCUGUAUGAAAGUUGGUCUGAAUGUUCAUCUUGAUGAUAUCUAGGUCAAGUUUGAAACUGGGUCAGCUGCGGACAAAAAACUAGGUCAGUAGGUCUAAAAUUAUUAAAAUCUUUUGACCUCUCUAGAGGCCAUAUUUUUCAAUGGAUCUUCAUGAAAAUUGAUCUGAAUGUUCACCUUGAUGAUAUCUAGGUCAAUUUUGAAACUGGGUCACAUGCGGUCAAAAACUAGGCCAGUAGGUAUAAAAAUAGAAAAACCUUGUGACCUCUCUAGAGGCCAUAUUUUUCAUGAGAUCUUCAUGAAAAUUAGUGAGAAUGUUCACCUUGAUGAUAUCUAGAUAAAGUUCAAAACAGGGUCACGUACCUUCGAAAACUAGGUCAAUAGGUCAGAUAAUAGAAAAACCUUGUGACCUCUCUAGAGACCAUAUUUUUCAAUGGAUCUUCAUGAAAAUUGGUCAGAAUUUUUAUCUUGAUAAUAUCUAGGUCAAGUUCAGAACCGGGUCACAUGAGCUCAAAAACUAGGUCACUAUGUCAAAUAAUAGAAAAAACGACGUCAUACUCAAAAUUGGGUCAUGUGGGAAGAGGUGAGCGAUUCAGGACCAUCAUGGUCCUCUUGUUAUCAAUAAGUGUUCUAUUUGAUGUGAAAUUAUUGAGAGAAAAAAAGACCUAAGAUGGAAAAGAUGAAUGAAAUGGUAACUUGGUUACAUUAUAUAUCAUUUAAUUGCAAAUGAUUUUCUCAAAAGCAGUUAAAUGUCUUAUAUUCAAGAGAAACCAAUGAAAUGCUUAGAUCAACAGGGAGAGUGCAGCUCUACGGAUCAUGGGGUCUUUGAUUUGAUUGCAGGGCGAGACAAUUAUGUUGAUAUAAGAUAUUGUGUCUGAAGUCCUUUCGUUCUACACCUCUGAUUUAUGUUGAGAAGUUGGCAUUUACUUGCAAUACACAUGUUUGUACUUGUACAAAAUCCAGGAAAAAUGCUUGGUGUAACAUACUGAAAUACAGUUGAAAAAAUGGCACAGAACACAAAAGCAGAAAAAUAAAAACAUAUAUUAAAAAACCUUGUUACAAAAAAGAUGGAUCGAUCAAUGACUCAUACUGAUGGAGCACAUAAGUCAGAUAUGUAAAUGACGUUGACUAACUACCUAUAAGCAGAUAUAACCAAUGUACCCAAUAAACAAAAUAUUAAUUUAAAUAGGUGGAACUCUUCCAUUCAGUUGGUAAGCCAAAUUAAAAUUUUUAGUAUGUUGUAUGCUGAUUGGUUGUAAAAACAAAGUUGUAUUUUACACAUGUCAGUUGAUAUUGAAUAGUUGUAUAUACAUUUACCAAGCUUUUACUUGUACAGGUUUAUUUAGCACUUCCCUUGCUGCGCUUGUUAGAAAAAAAUUAUAACAUGUACUACUGAUUUGAAAAUAUACAUUUGAGCCGCACCAGGAGAAAACCAACAUAGUGCAUUUUCGACCAGCAUGGAUCCAGACCAGCCUGUUCAUCCACACAGUCUGGUCAGGAUCCAUGCUGUUCGCUUUUAAAGCCUUUUGCAAUUAGAAAAACCAUUAGUGAACAGCAUGGAUCCUGACCAGACUGCGCGGAUGUGCAGGCUGGUCUGGAUCCAUGCUGGUCGCAAAUGCACUAUGUUGGUUUUCUCCUGGUGCGGCUCAUUCGAACCUGUUUAAAUGGUGACCUGUAGUAAGCAGUCUCUUGCCUAAAGCAGCCAGUCAGCAAAUUUCACAAACUGACUUUUUAUUCUGAUUUCAACCUGUCUUAAGCAGUUAAAUUAAAUUGCUCCCUUGGCUGGCUGCCUAGCACAGGUUUGACUGUAUAUAUCUUCCCUUGCUAUUAGUUUAAUCUGUUGCGUAUUUUGUAUCACCUUACUCAAAAAAACUGGAACAGCUUGAUGAAUUUAUUUUGUGUUUUUAGCUCGAUUGAGCACAAAGUGCUCAAGGUAAGCUUUUGUGAUCGCCCUUUGUCUGUCAUCAUCAACAAUUUGACUGUUAACACUCUAGAGGUUACAAUUUUUGCCCAGUCUUAAUGAAACUUGGUCAGAAUGUUACCGUCCAAUAUUUCUUGGUCAGAAUGUUACCGUCAAUAAAAUAUUGGACAAGUUUGAUAUUGGGUCAUGUGGGGUCAAAAACUAAGUCACCAGGUCAAAUCAAAGGAAAAGCUUGUUAACACUCUAGAGGCCACAUUCAUGACCAUAUCUUAAUGAAACUUGGUCAGAAUGUUAAUCUUGAUGAUCUUUAGGUCAAGUUCAAAUCUAGGUCAAGUGGAGUUAGAAACUAGGUCACCAGGUCAAAUCAAAUGUAAAGCUUGUUAACUCUCUAGAGGCCACAUUUAUGACUAUAUCUUAAUGAAUGUUAACCUUGAUGAUCUUUAGGCCAAGUUUAAAUCUGGAUGAGGUGGGGUCAAAAACAACGUCACCAGGUCAAAUCAAAAGUAAAGCUUGUUAACGAUCUAGAAGCCAGAUUUAUGAUUGUAUCUUCAUGAAACUUGGUCAGAAUGUUAAUCUUGAUGAUCUUUAGGUCAGGUUCGAAUCUGGGUCAUGUGGGGUCAAAAAAUAGGUCACUAGGUCCAAUUAAAGGAAAAAUUAGUUUACACUCUAGAGGCCACAUUUAUGACCAUAUUUUCAUGAAACUUGGUCAGAAUGUUAAUCUUGAUGAUCUUUAGGUUAAUAGGUCAGGUGAGCGAUACAUGGCCUUCAUAGCCCUCUUGUUUUCUGUUUAUAAAUACUGUCUAUAAACAUUUCAUUCAAUGAAUUUAUAUGUGCAUUGUAACUUAUGUAACAACAGCCAUUUAAGGCUGGCCAUGUUGUACUAGAGAUUUAUAACUAGAACUAUAUACAACAAACUAGAUGGAUUGAACUGAUGGGAAUGAGACACAGGGCUUGACAAAAAAACUGGUCCAUUUGUUAAUAUAAGUAGAAAUUGGGUUCCCCUUUAACUGAUGCAGUAAUUUAGGAAGACAUGAAGUCAGAAGUAAAUGCCAUGGACUGACAAGUACUGUCACAUAUAUUAUAGGACCUUUAGGAAUUUUGCCAGUAACUAUUCUACAGUUUUCUGUAUAUUAUGUUUGCUUUGUUAUACUACAAUGAUUAUUUGAGUAGAUCUCAUAUUUUUAUAUAAAAAAAAACAACAUGAAAAUACAUUUUGAAACAUG